AUGCCCACGGCGCAGCUGGAUGAUUCUCCCCCGUCCGAGCGCCGACCGGCCCAGCCCCGCCCCGCUUUCCCGGAGCAGAGGAGGUCGGGCGCGUCCAGGGUGGACCGGGCCGAGGGGCCGGGGGGAGCCCGCACGGUGUUCCGAGCCAGGGCAGGGGCCUGGAUGGCGGGGCCCCGGCUGUGCCUGCGCGGGGCACACGCGCUGGCCGCUGGCGCCGCUCCGGCCCCCAAGGCCGUGCUGCCCUUCGAAGCCAUUCCCCGGUGCCCGGGCAGCGAGUGGCUGCGGCUUCUGCGGGUCUGGCGGGCCGGCUGCGAGGACCUGCACCUGCAGAUGCAGCGGGCCUUCCAGGAGCUGGGGCCCAUCUUCCGGUACGACGUGGGGGGGAAGCGCAUGGUGUGCGUGAUGCUGCCCGAGGACGUGGACAGGCUGAAGCAGGCGGAGGGCCGCCAGCCCCACCGCAUGGUCCUGGAGCCCUGGCUGGCCCACCGGCAGCUGCGCGGGCACAAGCAUGGCGUGUUCUUGCUAAACGGUCCCGCAUGGCGCUCGGACCGACAGCGGCUUAACCCAGAUGUGAUGUCACCGCAAGCUGUCCAGAAAUACACCCCCAUGGUGGACAGGGUGGCGAGGGACUUCUCCGAGGCCCUGAGGGCGAGGGUGCUGCAGAACGCCCGGGGCACGCUGACCGUGGACAUCCAGCCCAGCAUCUUCUACUACACCCUGGAAGCCAGCAACCUGGUCCUGUUUGGAGAGCGGCUGGGCCUCCUCAGCCAGAGCCCGAGCCCAGCCAGCCUGGACUUCAUCCGCGCCCUGCAGGCCAUGCUCAAGUCCACCAUGCAGCUCAUGUUCAUGCCCCGGAGCCUGUCCCGCUGGACAAGUGCCCCCGUGUGGAGGCAGCACUUCGAGGCCUGGGACUACAUCUUCCAGUAUGCCAACGACUGCAUCCAGAAGAUCUACCAGGAGCUGGCCCUCGGCCGCCCCCAGCACUACACCGGCGUGGUGGCAGAGCUGCUCCUGCACGCGGACAUGACCCUCGACGCCAUCAAGGCCAGCUCCAUCGACCUCACUGCCGGGAGCGUGGACACGACGGCCUACCCCUUGCUGAUGACCCUCUUCGAGCUGGCGCGGAACCCGGAGGUGCAGGAGGCCCUGCGUCAGGAGAGCCUGCUGGCGGAGAGCAAGAUCUCGGAAAACCCCCAGAGGGCGCCUGCGGAGCUGCCCCUGCUGCGGGCCGCCCUCAAGGAGACCCUGCGGCUGUACCCCGUGGGUAUCACUGUGGAGCGGCAAGUGAGCUCGGACCUGGUCCUGCAGAACUACCACAUCCCCGCCGGGACACUGGUCCUCGUGCAGCUCUACAGCCUGGGUCGGAACCCCUCCGUGUUCCCGAGGCCCGAGCUCUAUGACCCCCAGCGCUGGCUCAAAAAGGGGUCCAGCACGAGGCUCCCCCACUUGGCCUUUGGCUUUGGCGCGCGACAGUGCCUGGGAAGGCGAGUGGCCGAGACCGAAUCGCUGCUUCUGCUGCACCACGUGCUGAAACACUUCCAGGUGGACACGCUAACGCAAGAGGACGUGAAGAUGGUCUACCGGUUCGUGCUGAUGCCUUCCACCGUCCCGCUCCUUACCUUCCGGGCCAUCAACCCCCCCACGGGCCAGCCCCCGCAGCGCGCGCCGCCAGGAGCAAAGCGCUCAGCCCCGCCUGGCCGAGCUCACGGGGCGAGCCGGUGGCCCGUCCUACCGGAACAAGCUGCUGCGGGGCGGGGCGGACCCCGUCCGAGCAGUGGGGGCGGGGCUGGCGAGCGCGGGGAGGGCCGCCUCACGCAGCAGCCAGGCCUCCCGCCAGUGACCCUCACACUCGGCCGUGCUGCCUGGGCUGAGGACAGGGAAGCGGGGGCCGAGACGGAGCAGCAAGUCCGGGAGCGGACUCACGCUCGGGGGCGCGGCUGCCGCCACAAAGUGCCACAAACCCGGCGGCUUAAAACAGCGCGGGUGUAUCAGAACACCAGGACUCGGUCACAGUCCUCGAGGCCAGCGGUGCAGAGCCGCGUCUGCGCGUCCUUCUGCCUGUCUACGAGAGCUCGCACGGCCUGUGCGCACCGCGUCUUCCCCCUCCAGGGGCUGCUGUGGCGGCGGCGAGGAGAGUCCCGACGGCAGCUGCGGGGAGGCCUGGCCUGUGCGCACAGGCCAGUGAAGGAGCUGGGGCACCGUCCCCCCAAGGCCGAGCCCCUGCACACUGGCGCUGUGGCUCGGGGUCCCCACAGCACCGACCCUCUCGCCAGGCGUAUCCCCACUCAGAUGCAGUCGCCCAGCUGUUUGCUGAUCACCAAGUACCGGCCAGGCAGGGUCUGA